AUGAGUCAGGAUCGUGCUGCCUGGAUGAUUGCUGCCAGAUCCAAACCCUUCACACUCGGCGAAGCCCCCCUCUAUAAGCCCGGAAAGGGGGAGAUUCUUAUCAGAAACCAUGCUGUCGCGGUUGUAAGUGACCGCUUUAAUAUGCCGUUUAACCCGAUCGGUUUCCAGCUAACAAGUAGUGACCUCUGCAAGAACCCUGUAGACUGGAAGAUCCAAGAGUCAAGUCUUUACCUGAACACAUUUCCUUUUAUUCUGGGAAGAGAUGCAGCGGGUAUAGUCGUGGACAUUGGUGAAGGUGUCACCCAGUUCCACAGAGGCCAGCGUGUGAUCGCACACCUACAUAGCCCCAGAUCUGGAAAUUCCGCUCACGCAGCAUACCAGCUGUUCUCCCUGGCUUCACAGACUCUCGCGGCACCUAUCCCAUUCCACAUAAGCUUCGAACAAGGCGCAGUCCUGCCACUAGCAAUUUCCACCAGCGCUGCAGGCUUAUAUGUUCCGGAAUAUCUCAACCUUCCCUUGCCAUCAGAUACUCCAGAGUCACGGGGAAAGACUCUACUGGUCUGGGGUGGUGCAUCUUCUGUAGGCGCAACAGUCAUUCAGCUGGCGGUUGCCUCUGGCUUGCACGUCGUUACCACCGCGUCUCACACCAAUUAUGAGUUUGUAAGGUCUCUGGGGGCAGAUGACGCAUUUGAUUAUCGGUCACCGACUGUCGUCAUGGAUAUAGUGACCAGACUAAGACACGUGGAUCUAUGUGGUGUAUACGAUGCUAUCGGCGAGGAUAAAAGCUUCACUCGGCUUGCUGCUAUAGCCGAGCGGCUUCAGAAGCGCAUCCCGGCGGUCAGCGUGCACCCGUGUUAUACACCUACCGUCUUUUUCCACCCGAAGUAUGUAACCUCCUACGGGAUCGCAUAUCCCCCAAAUGAGAGGAUUGGGGAGGCCAUCUGGGGAGCCUUCGUGCCCCAUGCCCUGGCCACUGGGAAGUUGAAGGCCAAGCCUGACCCAGUGGUAGUUGGGCAUGGACUAGGAAAUAUCCAAAAUGGGCUUGAUUCUCAGAAAGCCGGGGUGUCGGCGAAGAAGAUUGUUAUUACGCUGUAG